CCAACAUCUGAAAUAAGACAUCACACAGUAAUAGCUUGCUUCCCACUAAAACGAUUUCCAAUUCCUGAUUUAUCAUCUUCUCGCUCAUAUUCUUUUAAUGAAUCACAAUCACAAAAACCAAAGCAACAACAAAGACUAAGUAUUAGAUUAUUCGAAAAUUUUAUGAUAAACGAAAAAAUUGAUAAAGAUUUAUUAUUGAUGAUUUGUUGGAUUAAUAUGCCAUUGUUAAAUGAUGUGGAUGGAAGUAAUACGGGUUUGUAUAUUGUAAGAUUUGAUGAAGAAGAUAUCAAAUUGCUAAAAUCUCUUUGCGAUUUGGCAAAUUUGUUAUCAUUUGUUAAUAAAAAUAAGAAUAUUUCAGUAAAAGCAGUUGGAGACAAGACAUUACUUUGGCAAUCAAUAAAUUGUCAUUUACUUCAUGGAAUUUUCUCGCCUAAUCAUAUAAUGGAUGUUUGUACACAAAAUCAAGAUGUGAUGAUGGUCGCCACGACCAAAGAAACUUUAAUGUACGUUG